GAGAGAGAGAUAUGGCGGAGGCGAUGCUGGUGUUUCAAAUAAUUGUUUUAUUGGGGUCAAUGAAUGCAUUUGUAAAAGCAGUGGGUUUGGUAAACAGUUCAUGUAGUCAAUCAUGUGGGAACGUUAGCAUUCCAUUCCCUUUUGGGAUUGAACCUGAUUGCUACAUUUCCGAUUCGUAUAAGAUAAAUUGCAAUCACAGUUUCAGUCCUCCCAAACCUACGUUUUCUACCUUGACCGAGAUGGAAGUGCUGGACAUUUCAUUAGACGGCACACUUCGCGUCAACUAUCCAAGGUUUUUAAGUUGUUCUAAUGGUACAAAGACCAAACCAUUUGACAGUUUAGCAGCAAGAAGUCUUGUCUUCUCCCAAUCCAGAAACAGAUUCAUUGCCAUUGGUUGCGACAAUUUUGCGUCAUUGAACGAUGCAGAAGAUGUCGUUAUUUGUGGGUGCAUGUCCGUUUGUGAUAACAAAGCCAUAAAUAGCAGCAAUGGUUGCAAUGGCAUCAACUGCUGCCAAACCACCAUCCCUUCAGGUCUCCAGGACUUUUCUUUAUCUCUAAAGCCAAUAGACCCUAAUCACCCAACUUCAUCUUGCAAGUAUGCAUUCAUAGUAGAGCAGAAGUGGUUCGAGACCAAUUUAACAAACGCCUUUGAAAUCGUUAAUAUGUCCCACGCUCCUGUGGUAUUGGAAUGGUUCGUCGAUCCAACAUUAUCUUCUCUUGUAACGGGAAAUAACCUCUCAUAUAAAUAUGAUGAUAACUCAACCUAUCUUUGUGCUAAUCGUUCUUCAUCAGUGAGUUAUCUGAACUCAACUUUAACAUGUUCUUGCAAACCAGGCUUUGAAGGAAAUCCCUAUUUUCCUGAUCCUCAAGUACCUGAACGAUGUACAGAUAUUGACGAAUGCAUACAUAGACCAUGUUUGGAUUCGAGCUUCCGCUGCGUAAAUACCAUAGGUUCAUACUAUUGUUUACCAGUUAAUGAUGUUAAUCCAAUCAUCGAGCCUUCGACGACAAAGACCUAUGCAAUCACAAUAGGUAUUAGCACAUGUCUUGGGCUACUAUUUUUGCUAAUCAGUGGAUGGUGGUCCUACAAAGUAGUAAUGAAAAGGAAGAACAUUAAACGUAAGGAGAAGUUCUUCAAACGAAAUGGAGGGUUAUUGUUACAACAACAGUUAUCUUCAGGAGAAGCCAAUGUUGAGAAAACCAAGUUGUUUAAUUCAAAGGAUCUGGAAAAGGCCACUGACCAUUUUAAUGUGAAUAGAAUACUUGGUCAAGGAGGACAAGGCACUGUUUAUAAAGGAAUGUUAUUGGAUGGGAAAAUUGUUGCAGUAAAGAAGUCCAAGGUAAUUGAUGAAGAAAAACAACUCGAAGAGUUCAUAAAUGAAGUUGUCAUUCUUUCACAAAUUAACCAUAGGAAUGUGGUUAAACUUCUUGGUUGUUGUUUGGAGAUAGAAGUUCCUUUGCUAGUCUAUGAAUUCAUUCCUAAUGGAACUCUAUCACAAUAUAUUCAUAUCCAAAAUGAGGAGUUUCCAUUAACAUGGGAUAUGCGUUUACGAAUUGCCACAGAAGUUGCAGGAGCUCUUUUCUACUUACACUCAGCAGCUUCCUUGCCCAUUUACCACCGAGACAUUAAGAGUACAAACAUACUCUUAGAUGAUAAGUACAGAGCAAAAAUAGCAGACUUUGGGACUUCAAGAUCCAUUGCCGUUGAUCAAACUCAUUUAACCACAGUAGUACAGGGCACUUUUGGAUACUUGGACCCCGAGUAUUUCCAGUCAAGUCAGUUUACAGAAAAGAGUGAUGUUUAUAGUUUUGGUGUUGUCCUUGUUGAGCUUUUAACUGGAGAAAAAGCAAUCUCUUCUACAAGAACACUAGAAAGUAAAAGUUUAGCCACAUAUUUCAUUCGUGCAAUGGAGGAGAACAAUUUGCUUGAUAUUAUUGAUGCUCAAGUUAUGAAGGAUUCUAAAAAAGAAGAGAUCAUAGCAAUUGCAAACAUUGCAAAAAUGUGCUUAAACUUGAGUGGAAAGAAACGACCUACAAUGAAAGAAGUUGCAAUGCAAUUGGAGGCAAUUCAAACGUUGCGAAAAGCUCCUAUUGUUCAACAAAAUUAUGAGGAGGUUGAAUAUGUUAGAAGUGAAAUGUAUGAGCAAUGGGAUGUCAUUUCUACAUCAACAAUGUCAGGUGCAGACAGUGGUGUAGCAUCAUCUUCAGAUGCUCACCCACUAUUAUUUUUUUAACUAGUUGAUGUUUAGCGUGAUACGUGUGUAUGUUAUAAGUUUAUUUAAAUAUUUGAUUAAAAAGUGUUUAUGACCA